AGAUCGUCCAUCAUAUAGGGACAUACAUUACUACUACCCAAGAUAUAAAGAAACAUGGCGUCACACGCACCCAAGUUGAGAUAUUCCGCCGUUACCGGGUAUUUCAAGAAUGACGCGCAGCCCACAUCAUCCGCAGGUCCGGGCCUUGAAGCCGUCACUCUCCCAGGGCUGGGCUUGAUCGACCAGGUCUACGAAACCGACGAGGCAUUCGAUCCCCAGCGCGAGAAGCACGGCUGGGAACGCUUCGCACAUUACCUCGGCCACCUGAACAAAACCGGCGGCGGCAAGACAGUGUACAAACUCCUGUAUGCUGCCCGCCACGGAGAGGGCUACCACAACGUCAAGGAGCGGGAGGUCGGAACCCCCGCGUGGGAGUCCCACUGGGCCAAGCUAGAAGGCGACGGCCACACCACCUGGGCCGACGCACACCUCACGGCCACCGGCAUUGCGCAAGCCCGCGCCAUGGCGACCUUCUGGGCCGACGCGGCCGUCACGGCCAGACUGCCGCUCGCGCGCAGCCACUACUGCAGUCCGCACGCGCGCUGCCUCGAGACGUGCGAGUUGGCUUUCGCUACGCUAGCGCUGCCCCCGGGGGCGGGUGAGGUGCCGGUUCCGCCGUUUAGGCCGGUGGUGAAGGAGAUGAUUCGGGAGAGGUUGGGGGUGCAUACGUGUGAUCGGCGGAGGACGAGGAGUUGGAUAAGGGAGAGUCAUCCGUUGUUUGUGGUGGAGGAGGGGCUGACGGAGGAGGAUGAGCUGUGGCGGGCGGAUGUGAGGGAGACGUUGGAGGAGCAUGCGGUGAGGAUGAGGGCGUUUUUGGAUGAGUUGUUUGCGGGCGCUGGGGGUGGGGAUGGGGAGCAGAUCGUUUCGGUCACGGCGCAUUCGGGGAGUAUUAGGGCGCUGUAUGAAGUGCUUGGUCAUCCGGGGCGGAAGGUUGCGCCGGGGACUAUUGUGCCGGUUUUGAUCAAGGGGGAGGUUGUUGAUGAUGCGGCGGUUGCCCAACCGUGAGAGACCAUGGGGGCUUUUUCCACGGCGUUGCAGUAUGGGAACGCAUCUUGGGGGAUAUAGCAGUGGUGGAAAUAGAAGUCCUGGUUGUAGAUGGUCUGAGAUCAGGGGAAUCAGAUGGAAUCUUGAAUCCCUACCUACCUAGGUACCUACUCACACGCCGUCUUAGUUCAGUAUGUAGGUAAGAUACAUACCCAUGAUUACAUGC